UGCAACUUUCCUUAACUACGCGUUAUUGACAACACUUGUCAGGCCAUAACCUCGUUUUUGCGAUGUUUGUGUUUGGUUAGAAGUUUUGCGAAAAAUGCGAAUAUUUAGAAUAGAAUGGUGUAUUUAAGUAGACAGUGUUUUGACAAAAUUCGAAAGCCCCUGAGAAAGUACCUGAGGGAGGGUUUUAGGGAUUCCCUUCGGGUCUUUGUGUCAGGGGGCCCCGGUGGAAACGGACUGCCCAAAUUUGGAGGGGUUGGAGGCAAGGGAGGCGAUGUGAUAGUGGAAGCGACAGAGGGCAUAUCGCUAGAGACUGUUUACAAGGCGAAUAUUAGCAAGCGGUAUGCGGCUCAGAAAGGUAAACAUGCUUCGCACAACUUCAUUCUUGGGCCGCCUGGAGAAGAUGUGGUUUUUAAGGUGCCUGUUGGCGUCAGAUUGGUGACUGAGCUGGGGAAAAAACUAGGCGAACUCAAUGAAGAUGGUGAAAAGCUUGUGAUAGCCAAAGGAGGCACUGGGGGGCAUGCGAAAAACGGCUUUUUGGGCACCAGAGGACAGGCCUAUCCGGUGAAAAUGGACCUAAAGCUGAUAGCCGAUGUGGGCUUGGUAGGGUUUCCUAAUGCGGGCAAAAGCACCCUGUUGAAGGCCAUUUCAGAAGCCAGGCCUAGAAUUGCUAGUUAUCCUUUUACCACAGUUAGGCCCAUCUUGGGAGUAAUCUCGUAUGAAGACCACAGGCAGGUCUCCAUAGCGGAUUUGCCGGGUUUAAUCGAAGGAGCAUACUCUAAUCGUGGGAUGGGCCAUGAGUUUCUAAAGCACAUUGAACGCACUAAGUUGCUGCUGAUGAUUGUGGAUGUUAACGGGUUUCAGCUGAGUCCCCAAUAUCCCCAUAGAAGCUGUCUAGAAACUAUCAUGCUCUUGAAUAAGGAACUGGAGCUGUACAACGAAGACCUGCUCAACAAGCACGCCAUACUGCUGAUUAAUAAAAUGGACAGCGAAGGAUCAGAGGCGAAAUACCAGGAAGUCAGGAAGGUGAUGAAAAACUUCAAAGGGUUCAUAUCAACCUACAAGGAAGACUUGAAGCCUAACAAACCGAUAAACUUCACCGACAUUCUGGCAAUCUCAGCCAAAGAGAGCCAGAGCGAUGUUCUAAAGGUGAAAACCCGGUUAAGAAAUCUAUUAGACUUAGUGAGCGAAUUGAAUGAAAGCAGCGAUAGCGAGGAUGUUUAUAGUGACCUGAAGAAGCCCUUUGUGGAAAAGGGACCUGUUUUAGUAUAAACACAGUAUCAUUGGU